AUGGCGGAGGUCACUCAGUUCAUGGCCAUUACGGGCGCCGAGGACGAGAGAGUAGCCCGAGGAUAUCUCGAGAUCUCAAGCAACGAUACCAUGCAGGCCAUCCAGCUCUAUUUCGAGCAACCAGACCUGGCGGCGAGCUUCACAAACAGCCCAAACGCCGCCCCGCCCACAGCGCAGUCUUCUUCUGCAGCACCCUCCGCUCGAUCGAGUCGACCUGGCAGGAGAGGUCCCUUGGGUCGCGAGGACACACGUGGCGUCAUCACCAUAGAUUCCGAUGACGACGAUGACGUAAACAUGCUCCAAGACGACGACGACGACCAUGACGACGACCUCGACGUGGACGGUAUCGCAGCCGUCGCACGGUCCGCCCAGGAAGAGGACGACGCAGCCAUGGCCCGCCGGUUACAAGAAGAGAUGUACGGUCAAGGGGCCGGUGCUGCUGAAGACGACGUCAGAGCACCUAUGAGCCGGACUACGGAAACACUUGUUGCACCUGACCCCUCUUGGAGUCUGGACGACGACCGGGAAGCUGCCGUGCUGGACCAGAUGCGUCGCAGGCGGCUGCCCCAAAGUAAGCCUCUGACUAACAUGCAAGUCUCCUUGCUGCCAUGGACUCACCGCGCUAAUGUCGUACCCAAAGGUCAACCCAGAAAUCCAUUCAACCACCCCUCCGUAUGGGACGCCCCCAUCACCCCCGGCGUCGGCGCACCACCCGUCCCCAUGGGCUCCCGACCCGGCGGAGCUCCCGGUCCCGCUGGCAGUAUGCGCUCGCAAAGAUUGGCUGACAUGUUCCGACCCCCUUACGAUAUCAUGUCGCACCUACCCUGGGAAGAUGCCCGGCAAGAGGGCAAGGAUGAGAAGAAGUGGAUCAUUGUCAACAUCCAGGACUCCUCAGACUUCAACUCCCAGACUCUGAACCGAGAUCAUUGGAAGGACGACAACAUUCGCGCUCUCUUGAAGGAACACUUUGUCUUCAUGCAGUUCGACAAGGACGAUGCACGGGGCCAGGAGUAUCUCGGCCUUUACUUUUCCCAGCACGAGAACCAGGAUAACUAUCCGUACGUCGCCAUCAUCGACCCUCGCACCGGUGAGCAGGUCAAGUUAUGGUCUGGCUUGCCUUUUCCGGACAAGGGCGAGUUCUACUCAGAUCUUAUCGAGUUCCUCGACAGAUACAGCCUGGCCGCCAACAGCAAGAAUCCUGUGCCCAAGGCAAAGCCGCAGACCAAGAAGGUCGAUGUCGAUCGCAUGACCGAGGAGGAAAUGCUCGAGAUGGCCUUGCAGAACAGUAUGGAGAAUGGCACCACAUCCAAGCCGAGUGUCGAGGAUCCCGAUGCCCUCACCAGGUCCGUUCCAGACCUUGGCAAGGGCAAGGGCAAAGAUACCGCCGACGAGCCUGUCGACCAUUCGCCCUUUGCCCAAAUUUCUUCUCUUGUACCGCAUGUGGAACCAGAAAGCAACCCUGCCACCACGACGCGUAUCCAAUUCAGACAUCCAGCUGGUCGUGUCAUCCGCAGGUUCGCAACUGCGGAUACCGUCCGUCGCAUCUACGAGUGGCUCAAGGCUGAACCACUGGACGGCAAGGACGGUGUGGCGUUCGAAUUAAAAGCCCAGCCUGGCGGAGACCUGAUCGAAAAGCUCGAUUCCACCAUUGAGCAAGCGGGACUGAAGAAUGGAACUAUUAUGAUCGAGUUUCUUGAGGACGAAUGA